AUGACAACAUCAACAACAACAGCAAAAGGGAAUGAUGUGAGUUUUUAUUAAACCUUAAAUUUGUAUUCAAAAAUACAAAUAUUUUCAGUGGCGAUACCUGUUAUCGCUCUCAAUAAAUCAUCAAACCGAAAAUCCAAUAUCAUGUCUAAAAUUCGAUCCACACGAAGAACUAAUUUGGUGUGCAAGUUCAACCGGAAAAGUCGCCUCAUUCAGCGCAUCAAAUCAUUUUAAUCGAUAUUCGGCGUUUGUUUCAACAAGAAUUGGAGCCGUAAAUGCAUUGGAUAUCACAGAAGAAGUUGUAUUUUCUUUAUCAGAUGAUUGUUUGCGUGGAACAAGUCGACAAGGAAUCCCAAUCUCAAAAUAUACAUCACUUUCGAUGACAAAAAUGAGUGCAAUUUGUCGAUUGCCAAACACAUCAAUGUAUAUUAUGGGAGGAGAACAAUCUAAGCUUCUUCAAUUUGAUUUCAGUAAAGAGAAGGAGAUUAGAACUUUUGAUAUGGCUGAAAAUGAUGCGGUUUUAAUCAGAUACAAUGGAGCGAAUAUCUUUACAGCAGACACUUCAGGAUUCGUAAGUUAUUAGCGGAAGAGCUUUUAAGUUUAAAAUAUAAUAUUUAGGUUAAUGUUCGGAACACGAAAACAUUGGAAACAAUCCAAAGAAUUGCUUGUCAUGGAGAUCAUAUCAGUGAUUUCGAUGUUCAGGGUUCAAAAUUAAUAACUUGCGGAUUCUCACAACGUCUCAAAUCAUCACACGGCGAUCCUUUUGUCAAAAUUUUUGAUCUUCGAAUGUAUAAAGCAAUGGCACCAAUACCUCUUGCAUUUGCACCGCGAUUCGCAAGAUUUAUGCCAUCUUAUUGUGAAAAACUAGUUGUAGUUUCACAAAAUGGAGGUGUUCGAAUCUCAGAAUUGAAUUCAAAUGGAGUUGGAACAAGUAUAAUUGUUGAUAUGAAUGGAUUAUCCAGUUUCGAUUUUUCCACCUCAAAACAAUUUAUGUGUUUUGGUGAUUUUGGUGGUGGUUUGAGUGUUUAUGCGGAUAGAGAUGAAGCAGUUAUAAAUGAAGAUUCAUAUGAUACAAUAUUCGCAUUUCCACCAGUUGGUCCUCCAGUUUCAUUUAAUAUUGAAGAAACAACAACUCCAUACGCAACAGUUCCAAUGCCAUUUCCAGAAGAUGAUAGUUUAUUAAGUGAUUGGCCAUCUGAAUUAACACAACCAAUGUAUCGAUUAUUAAAACCAACCCCAGAACAUACGGAUAAAAAAGUGAUGCAUUAUGUAACACAAGUCAAAAACCCUCGAAAUAACACCAAGCUUCGAUUACACAAUGUUUGCCCAUAUAUUUUGGAGAAUGAUUUAGAAGCUGUGAAAACAAUUGAAGAAGAUUUACAAAUUCUAACAACCGAAAAAGUCCGCGUGGCAAAGUUUUAUAAAAAAUGCCCGCAAUUGGUGAUUCCUAUGAGGAGGCGGGUUGAAGAGGAAACUGAGACUUAUAAUUAUAAUCAGACUAAUCAUGUUUUGAUUGCCUCGACUUAUCAUAUGAAUAUUCUUACUAAUCCUAUUGUUCAUGUAAGUUUUGAGGGGAGGGGUUAAAAUUCAAAUUCUGAAAAGCCACGUAGAAAAUUAAUUCAUUUACAAUGCCACGUGGUUUUUUUUAAAGUACUCGCUUGAAUUCAAAAAAUAAAAUUUCGAAAUUUGCUGCCAAAAAUCCACGUGGUGAUAAAAAAAUAGCUAAAAUUGGGUUUAAAAAAUAUAUUGAUCCAAAUUUUUCCGAAACAGAAAUGAUAAAUCAUUUUCCUUCCACGUGGCAAAAAACGAUUCAAAUUCCAUGUGGAUUCUUAGCGCCAUUUGUUUUGUUUUCAAAAAAAUCAAUAUUCUGGCUUAAUUAAAAAGUCCCUUUUUACCAAAAAUUGGAAAUCAACAUUAAAAAAUAUCCUAAUUUUCACGUGCUUAAAAAAUACCCAAAAAAAAUCCCCUUAAAUUUUUUUGUAAAAUCAAAAUUCAAAAGUUUCUCAUCCGUUUCACGCCCGAAAAUUCCACGUGUCAAAUUUCCUCCCAAAAUUCAUCAAUUCCUAUUUCCAGGCGCUCUACCACAACAUCUCAAUCCGAAACUUCUUCAAUUCCCACAUCUGCAUAUCCGAUUCCUGUCUCCCUUGCCAACUUCGAUUCCUUUUCUCAAUGAUUUCCGAUCCUUCUUGUAAUUUAGCCUCAAGUUCAAAUCUCAUUCGAACUCUUGUUGCAAAUGGAUUCGUCACCUUCAAACAUGAUGUCAUAAAAUCCACGAAACUUGCGAUUGAUCUAUUUUUCAAUGGUAUUUCGGAAAUUUCGGAAGACAUUGAGAAACAUUGCAUGAAAACUGAAAUGGUCCUCAAUUUCAGGUACUUAUUUUAAUUUUACUUGAGUAAUUCAAAAAUAAGUGGAUUUUAGGUGCAUAAGAUGUGGUGCUCUUCAACAAACUUCCCCAAAAAAUGAAUAUAAAAUUACAAUUCCAUAUUCUUCCGAUCAAAAAUCGCCAUCAUUUUGUCAAAUCAUUGAAAAAUCUUUACAUUUGGGAAUAAAUUGUGGUUUGACAAGUGAAGAAAAAGAAUGUGAAGAAUGUCGAGCAACGACAAAAAUGGAAUCGAAACGGAAAAUACAGAAAUUGGCAGAUGUUCUGAUAAUCGAUACAAAUUCGACGAAUCCUGUUUUUCAUGAGUUUUGGCAGAGACAAUUGGCGAGUUUUGAGAGGAAACCAACGAUUCGAUUUGAGAAAAAUAAUGAGGAAAAUAAUCGAGAUGAGAAUGAAAAAGAGAAGGAGAAAGAGAAAAAACAAUGUCGAUUUGGAGAAGAUUGUAGAAAUAAGUGAGAUAUUUAAAUUUCUUCCCAGAAAUUUUCUAACAAAACGAAAUAUAGAAAAAAAAGUUCCGAAAACUUUUGGUACCAAAAAAUCCACGUUUCAAAGAUAAAUUCAAUUUUCAAGACCAGGAAAAUUCGGGGCUCAUUUUCGAAAGAAAAAAUAUUCCGAAUUGUGACUUCAAAAAAUAUUAUAGAAAUAUUAUUGAACUAAAAAGAAUACUGUAGAUUGUUUACGUGAAGCUUACGAUAUUCAAAAAAAAGUUUCACAUUUUGAGCGAAGACUCUACAGUACCCCAAACUGCAAAAUACAUUUUGUAGUAUGUAAGCUUCACGUAAACAAUCUACAGUAUUCUUUUCAGUUCAAAUUUCUGUAAUAUUUUUUGAAUUCACAAUUCGGAAUGUUUUUUCUCUCGAAAAUGAGCCCCGAAUUUUCCUGUUCAUAAUAUUGAAUUUUUCUUUGCAACGUGGAUUUAUAGAAGAAUUUGAUUUCCACCCAAAACUGUUUAUUUUUUCCAGAAAAACGUGCAAAUUCCAACACGGCAAAAUCGAUUGGGAACGCGAAAGUUCGAAUCUUUUAGAAGAAGGCGAUUUGGAAGGAUGGAAACAUUAUAUUCCAGCGAAAUUUGCAGCAAGUGUUAAUGAUGGAAUUGUUCGAUUAAAUGAUAUUUCGGAUUGUGAACAUUAUGAUGAACCAAAUCAACAAAUUUAUGAAUUAGUUGCAAUUGUUGCAGUUAUUGGAACUGGUGAAUAUCCUGUUAAAUGGACACAUUCAAUCACUAUUUUGAAGGAUAAUCAGGAAAAAAUGUGAGGAGGUUUUGAGGGGAAUUUCGGGUGAAUUCCAAGGUUUUUUGAUAAAUGAUCACAAUUUUCAGUAUCAAAGAUAUUUUUUCAUAUUUUUAUGGGAAAAAAUUACCGGAAAACGAAUGAAAAAUUUCCGCUCUGAAUUUUGGGCGACAAAAAAUUCUUUUUUUUUUUUGAGAAACUUUAACUGAAAAUAUGACCGAAAUUCUAUUCUGAUUUUGUCCCAAAAAAAAACUAAAAAUCUCAGUUUUGCCACGUCAUAACCCCAUAUUUUUGCAGUGCUCCAUGGUCCUUGAUAAAUGAGCAACUUGUUUGUCAUUUACAUCAAAACGAAGCACUUCACUUCGAUCCACGUUGGAAACUUCCAAUUCUUCUCGAAUAUCGAAAAAUCACUAAAGAACUCCUCGAAGAAACUGAAAUCCGUCAUGAAAUUCCUGAAAAUCUAUUUUUCUCUGAUGAUAAUUUGGCAUCGAAUUCAAUGAAAUCUUCAGAAUUAAUCGAUUUACCGAAAAAAGGCGAAUUAAUUGGAAUCGAUGCGGAAUUUAUAAAAAUAAAAUGUUCGAAAUUGGAUAAUGAAAGACGUGGUGUUUUAUCGCGUGCUGUUGGCAGAGUUUCUUGUGUUGAUUCAACUGGAACAAAAAUAAUAUUAGAUGAUCAUGUUCAAGUUAUUGAUUCGAAUGAAGUAUCGGAUUAUCUAACACCAUUCAGUGGAAUCAAAUCAGAUGAUUUGGAUGCGCAAAAAUCGACUAAAUAUUUGACAACAUUGAAACGUGUCUAUUUGAAAAUAUUGAUUCUUGUUCAACGUGGAUGCAUUUUCGUUGGCCACGCACUCAAUAAUGAUUUUUCGGUGCUAAAUAUUCAUGUGCCUGAAAAUCAAGUGAUUGAUACUGUCAAUUUAUUACGAUUGGAUUCCAAACGACUACUUUCGCUGCAAUUUUUGGCUCUUCAAUUGCUUGGCGAUAAAAUACAAGAGGAUUGUCAUGAUUCGGUUGUUGAUGCACAAUAUGCAUUGAAGAUUUAUAUGAAAUAUUUGGAGUUGAAAGAGAUGGGUUAGUUUAGUUUUUUUUUGCCAAAAUUUGGGGGAAAAUUGUCAGAAAUUUGAAAAAUGUUACAUGGCAAUUUGAAUUUUUUUUUAUUUUGAAAAAUAAAUUUUGCAAAAUUUUAGAAUUAAAAAAACGUGAAAUGACGUGGCAAUUAGGAUUUUCUAAUUGCAAAAAACAUUGCAGGUCUACUAAACGCCGAAAUGCGUCGAAUCUACGACAUUGUGCCAAAUGGCGGCGGAGCAUCGCCAAUGAAAAGCGUCUCACCGGCAAAUUCAAUGCCCGAUGGAAAAUGUAUAUAA